ACCUAAAGAUCCUCAUUCAUUGACACUCUGAGCUGCACACAGAAGCUUCCAAGGCCACCUGCAGCCUCCUGAGCUGCUUCUUCUACAGGUCUUUUCACUGGAGUCAAGGAUACUGGAGAUCUGGAAGUAGCUGCCCAGUCCCAUAUCCCUCCUCUUUUUCCCACCUCGCAGGCUGUCUUUGUCUUUUCCCGGGACGUACAAAGGGGAAGGAAAUAAAGAAAAGGGAUCCGCGGAGGAGCAGAGGCAAGAAGGAAGAUGCACAUUAACCAAGAGGUUUCCGCCAGUAAAGGAGCUCCAACCAGUGAGAUAAUUAUAGUCUCCAGUGUCCUCGCCCUCAGCUUGAGUAUCACAAUUGUAAUGUGUGGACUCUGCCAGUGGUGCCAGCGAAAACUGGGGAAACGCUACAAAAACUCUCUGGACACAGUAGGAACCCCUGACUCCAGUCGUGGAAUCCGGAACGAGAAGAAAGCUUUAAAUGGUACCGUAUUGUCUGGUAGUAAAUCAGCAGCAUGCGGCACCUCGGGUUUAUUGGAUAAAGAUGGCCGGAUGAUGGACAAGCAGUUUCGAAAUGAAAGCAUGAAGAUCAGUAUGUCUUCCCAAAGCCAUCACAGCGAACCAGGCCUGGGAAAACCAGGAAGAGGUCGUUGGCACACCGUUCAGAGUCACUUGGCGUCCGGGAAUCUCAAAAACAAUUACCAAGACCCUACUCUGCCGGUGGCCACUACUCUUGACCACAUUCCCACCUCUGGGGGAGACCUAAAGUGCCAACGUCCUCGCACACUGCUUCGCCAACAGAGCCUCCAGCAACCUCUCAGCCUCCACCAAAAGCACAAUAACUGCCAGCCAACCACCAGCCAGAGCCUGGGGCAGCUCCAGCUCCAGCAACAACCUCCAUCAUCCAGCAGCAGUAAUACCAGCAAUCCCCGUUCCCAACGCACGGGCCAGAACCGGACCCCAACCUCAGCCGGAUCCAAGCACAGGUCACCUGGCAUCAGGAACCGGACCAACCCGGGCAGUUUAGACUAUAUGGUUGGUCAGAUUCGCAAUCGUGGCCUGGACAUGAAAUCUUUCCUGGAAGGCCGCAUGGUGGUGCUGUCCUUGGUGCUGGGUCUCUCCGAGCAGGAUGACUUUGCCAAUAUCCCAGACCUGCAAUCCAAUGGGUCUCAACAGAACCAGAACACUCAGGGCGAAAAGAGAUUUCCUUCAGGGGCAAAAACAACAAAUACAACAGUGGUGCCGGGACAAGCGCAACCUGAAGAAAGUGACAAAAAAGCAGACCAGCGUUCAUCAGUAUCAGACCUUGUGAAUUCCCUGACCAGCGAGAUGCUCAUGUUGUCUCCAGGGUCAGAUGAUGAAGAUGGUCAUGACACCUCAGGACGAGAAACUCUUGGUCGUAUUCAGUUCAGCGUGGGCUACAACUUCCAAGAGUCUACUCUCACUGUUAAGAUUAUGAAGGCACAGGAGCUACCAGCCAAGGACUUCAGUGGAACCAGUGAUCCAUUUGUGAAGAUUUAUUUACUGCCAGACAAGAAGAACAAGCUGGAGACCAAGGUGAAGAGGAAAAACCUCAACCCACAUUGGAACGAGACCUUCCUCUUUGAGGGAUUUCCAUAUGAGAAGGUCGUGCAGAGAGUACUAUAUCUCCAGGUUUUGGACUAUGACCGAUUCAGCCGGAAUGACCCCAUAGGAGAAGUAUCAAUUCCACUUAACAAGAUAGACUUGACGCAGAUGCAGACUUUCUGGAAAGAGUUGAAACCGUGCAGCGAUGGCAGCGGGAGCCGAGGUGAAUUGCUACUGUCGCUCUGUUACAACCCCUCAGCAAACUCAAUCAUUGUCAACAUCAUCAAAGCCCGGAAUUUAAAAGCCAUGGAUAUCGGGGGCACCUCAGACCCUUAUGUUAAGGUUUGGCUCAUGUAUAAGGAUAAGAGGGUUGAGAAGAAGAAGACGGUGGUCAUGAAGAGGUGUUUAAAUCCCAUCUUCAAUGAAUCUUUCAUCUUCGAGGUGCCCACCGAGAAACUUAGGGAGACGACCAUCAUCAUAACUGUCAUGGACAAAGACAGGCUAAGUCGUAAUGACGUAAUUGGCAAGAUCUACCUGUCUUGGAAGAGUGGUCCUGGAGAGGUGAAGCACUGGAAAGACAUGAUUUCCCAUCCAAGAACAGCGGUAGCACAAUGGCACCAACUCAAGGCCUGAGCUUAUGGAUUUUUCUGCACUCUGUGAUCUCCUGUCUUCGGUUACCUCCAACCAAACCAAUGCAUUGGCCACGCUCUUACUGUCUGCACAAACACAGCCUGCAGGCUUAUAUAAGGAAUCGCCAGCUUGGAACUUUAGGUAACAGGAUGCCCCUGGGCCAACCUGUGCCAUCUGCAGCUCUUCAACAAGGAUUGUGCUCUAAAACUUUCCUUAUAUUUGUUAUACCAGACACGGCUGCAGUUUUCCUUCUGGCUUCAUAAGGUGCGGCUCAACUUCCCAACACAGUGUUACAGAGACGCUGAGAAGAGCAGGAAGAGAACUUCCCGCAGGAAACUUCUCUCUGGGUGGCCAAGCCUGCAAACUUUCCAUGGCUUCUACAAAUACAUGUUAGCUGCAAGGGUGCUAUAGUGUGCCUGAGGUGGUUAGCAAUGUAACAACUCACUUUUUGUAGUGGUGCGAAGGUGCGAUGAACCCCAGAAUUCUUUUCAGGGUUCGUUUUUCUUUAUAGAAAGCAAAGAUAAAGGCAAUACCUGUGUUAUUGCGUCUUAGACACCUCCUCAUGUACCGUUUGAUGGAACAUGGAGGUAGAGUUAGGGUGGAUUCUGCUCCACUGGCUCUUUACUGUACGUGUGUGGUUGUCGGUGUCCAAUGUGCGUACAGCAAUGUGUGAUUGUGCGUAUGUUUGUAUGUGUGGGUGUUUCUCAAAGCUCACCCCUUUCCUUCUUAUCUUCCCUUUCGCAGGCUGGGAUGACGCUUUGGUUCGCCUGCGUAUCUCUGUACCGUGAUUCUUUGUAGCUUUCUUUGAGUGUUGCCUCCUUUUUUUAUUUUGAAUUCUGUUUUUCACAAAAUAGGUUAUUUUUCAGAGUUUCUCUAAAAAAAAUGAAAGGUUUUUUUAAAAAAAAAUGUCACAGACAAUGUUGUGUUGAAGGGGGGAUUGUGAUCUUAAGCUUUUAUUGUUGUCUAGAAUUUAUAGAGAUCAUUGAUAUUGGGUAGCCACGUUUUGCUGCCACUGAGGUCCGCAUUGCAUUGGUUCCAGCCCUCGCUGGCAGCAGGAAGUUUAUUGUUAGAGCCAAAGAGAAUGCUACCCCUGUCACGAAAUAUGGAGCUCAGUAUUCCCAGCCUCCUGGAAGGAAGGAUGAGUCUCUGGCCCAGUCCCCUUCUCUCCUGGUGAUUAUGUGGUGUAACCUGUGUGUAUCAGGGUCCCCUUGCCUUUUGAGCAUCACCAGCCAUUUUGUCUUCCAGGACGAGGCCUUGGAGAUCCCCCAGGGUCUCCUGUUCUCCAGGCUCCAGAGUCCCAUGUAUAAAGUCAAAACUGAGUUUUAAGUAUGACAUACUGAUGUGUGGAAACAAGGGGUAAAACCUAUUGUACCCAUUAAAAGUGAAUUAUUCUCACUAGUCUAAUUGGAUAUAUCUGAACUAAGAUUAAAUAAAUGCUGUUAAAUAUGAACACAAGGACAAAUGGUGUUAAGUGUUUAAAACCUAAUGAUCGUUGUCAGUGUUGGA